AUGGCAACAACCGAGGAUAUGAUAGAAGAUGCUAUCGAAGGGGACAACGAAGAGGAAGAAGGAAUUGAUUUGACUUCUGGCGGGUGGACCGAAGGUCAAGUAUUUGUCAACAGUCGUUUACGACAAUCUGGCUCUGACUUUUGCUCCAAGUCCACACUAAGCAUGAACUAUGCAUCAGUUUCUUCCCCUUUGGACUAUCUCUUGUUCUUUUUGCCUUUAGAUCACUUUCAUUUGAUCAUAGGAAACACUAAUGUUCAUGCAAGAAAUAUGCUUGAUUCUUGGACUGAUAUCACUUUUGCCGAGUAUUUGAUGUGGAUUGCUCUGUUGACCGUUAUGACAGUGGUCAAGCAUGGUGAACUCAAAGCUUACUGGAAGCAAGGAUCUAGCCACUUUACUAUGACAAUAGAUUUCAGCGAAUAUACAUAUGCCAUUCAAAAGAUUCAACGAUAUCAUGAGAAUGCGUGUUUUUGA